CAGAAGCGUUCGGGCAACUGAACGCGAUGGCGCGGAACCGAACUGGAUGAUCAUGACCAUUUGUCUUUGAUCCAUGCACCGCAGCAUCGACCACGAGGUGCUCUCGUCGCUCUAUGCGAGCCGGAAGCGGUACACGGCGACGGGCGACGAGGACGUCCGGCCGAGCCUCGUGAGCGCGGUCCUGCAGUCGCAAUACCCCGACAGCCGACGCCACCGACACAGCGCCCACCUCUCAACAAAUGCGCUCCGCACCAACAAGUCGUGGAACUUUCUCGAGUCCUCCAAGCAGCUGCACAGUCCACUUGACGAAGCCUCGGUGGUUGCCAAGCUCACAUUGGCAUGGCUCAACCCGCUCUUCAAACAAGGCGCCACCGAGCCCUUGGACGCCGACGACGUGCCGUCGCUGCGCGCCAAAGACAGCAUCGCGCUUCUUCACAAGCGCUUUCAAGCGCGCUGGAUCCCCGAGCAGCAGUCGAACGCACCGCGUCUGUUUCGAGCGCUGCUAUGGACGCUGGCACCCGAGCUCGCCCGUGCAUUUGGCUGCCACGCGCUCUACCUCGUCAUCAACCUCGUGAUUCCGACAAUGAUCAAGGGCAUUGUGUCGUACCUCUCGAGCGGUGUCAACCCUGUCACGAAUGCGCCCGAGCAGCCGCUGGAGGCCGGUCUUGUCUACGCCUUUGGCCUUGCGGUCCUCUCGUUCCUGGGUGUCACGGUUCUCGGCUUCGCGUGGUCCGUCAACAUUGAGCUCAGCAACUGCGCGCGGUCAAUCGCCAUGGACCAAGUGUACUUGAAGGCUGUCUCGGCGCCGACGGCCGCGACGACCACGUACACGUCGGGUGACGUCAUCACGCUGGCCAACAUUGACAGCGAGCGGCUCUUCCAUGGGCUCACGUGCAUCUGUUACGUGCUGCUUUCACCGCUGGCGCUGCUUGCGAUUUUUGUGCUCAUUGGCUUUGAGAUGGGACCCAUUGUCGCGGUCACAGGCGCUUGCACGAUGCUGGGCUUCCUCCUCUCGGCGUUUGGCCUCUCGUACGCCUUGUCGGCGGCGCGGGAGCGCCUCGUGGACGCGACUGCGCGGCGCCUCUCGCGCACGCAAGAGCUUCUCCAGAGCAUUCGGACCAUCAAGCUCGGCGCAUACGAAUCCAUCUUGCUGGACACGGUGUUCCAGCUGCGCGCGAUCGAGCUCCGGUGCAUCGGGUGGUUCCAGCUCCUCUGCAACGUCAACAUCGACGUCUUUGUGCUGGCGCCCGUCUUUACGACCGUGGCCAUGUUCGCCGUCGCCGACACAGCCGACGUCUCGGCCGGUGCUGCCUUUUCUGUCGUCAGUCUCAUGGUCGUCGCGCGCUUCCCGUGCAACAUCUUCUCAUCGGCCGUGCGGUAUGCCUCCGAAGCCAUCGUCAGCUGCGACCGCAUCCAAACAUACCUUUUGGCGCCGGCGCCGAGCCGAUCAAGUGCCGUCAACUCGAAAAAUGAUUGGAUUGCACUGACACAAGCGAGCUUUGCGUGGUGUCCACCGACCGAUGCGACGCCGCAGCCCUCGGCGAGUGGGCCAACGACGCCCGGUCUCGCCGCGCCGCUCCCAAUUGCGUCGCCCCACGCGACGUCGCAGCCGCUUCUGCAAAACAUUACGUUUUGCCUUCCGCGCACCGAGAUGGAGUCCUUUACAGUUGUCGUCGGACCCGUCGGCAGCGGCAAGUCGAGCUUCCUCCGCGCCCUGCUCGGCGACAUGUGGCCGCGGCCUGCAAUCACUGCCAACAUGGCAUACGCGAGCCAAGAACCGUGGCUCUUCGACGACACAGUGCGCAACAACGUUCUACUGCACCGUCCGUACGUACCGAGCCUCUACCGACGCGUGCUUUCUGUCACCGGGCUCACCCUCGACACGGCAGCGAUGGCGUCGGGCGACUUGACCAUGGUCGGUGAGCGUGGCGCGGCGCUCAGCGGUGGCCAGCGCGCCCGUAUAAACCUCGCGCGUGCUUUGUAUCAAGUUGAUAGUGCUGACAUCUUCUUGCUCGACGAUCCGCUCAGCGCGCUCGAUCUCCAUGUCGCGUCGCACGUCUUUCAAGAAGUCAAAAAGUUUUUACGCGGCAAGCAAGUGCUCAUGGUCAUGAACGCUCACCACCACUUGCUCGUGCAUGCGACGCGCGUCAUCACGCUCACGGUCGGCACGAUCGUCGGGGACGAGUCCCCAGCCCGCCGGACGACUUUGUGCAAGCAAGAAGACGCGGACUCUCCGCAUGACGACGGCGACGACGGCGGCGACGACGAUGGCUUUGUGGUGCUGCCAGCCAUGGACACCAUUGCGUCGUCGGUGGUCGAGCUGUCACACCACGACACGCCAGCUGUGCUCGACACAACGACCAGCUCUUCUGCUUCCGACGACGAGGCGCCUCCAAUCGGCACGACGUACUUGGCCUACCUCGGUGCGUCGGGCGCAGCCCCGUGGCUCGUGCUUCUGACGCUCGUUGCGCUCUACACUGUCUACCAAGUUGCGUACUACAUCACGGACUGGUACCUCGACACGGCCGUCGCCGCGGGCAAAGGAAGCAUGGGGAUGUACGCGGGCUUGGCGCUCGCGACCGUCGUUGCGAGCUGUCUCAAGGAUAUGUUUGUCAUCUUGGUCUCGCUGCGCUGCUCGGCCAGCGUGCACGCCAAGGCCCUCACGCGCGUCGUCGGUGCGUCCGUGCCGGCAUUCUUUGAUACGACGGCGCUUGGCGACAUUCUCAACCGGUUCUCGACCGACCUCGCCGCAAUGGACACGGACUUGCCGUACUUUACGUACCAGUUUGCGACCGACGCGUUCCAUACAGCGUGUAUCGUCUUGGUGGUGUGCUACUACACGCCGCUGCUCAUUGCGCUCUUUCUCCCGCUCGGGUACCUCUUUGUGUCGUACCAAAUGUACAACUUGCUCUCGGCGACGGCGUUAAAAGGCCUCGACCUAGCGUCGCGCGCGCCGCUCGUGACCAACUUGAGCGAAACCCUUGACGGCCGCGCGACGAUCCAAGCUGCGCACGUCGAGAAGGCGUUUGUCGAGAAACACCGCGUCUUGGUCGACGCCAACGCGGCGUGCUAUGGCAUCUAUUGGCUCGCGGGCACCUGGCUCGAAAUCCGCCUCGGCUGGCUCAGCGCGCUCGUCGUCUCGGCCGUCGCGAUUGUUAUUGUGUGCUUGCGUGCGUCCAUGGAUGCGCACAUCGCCGGUCUUGUCCUAGUCUACGUCAUGAGUCUCUCGGCCAAUGUCCAAGAAGUGCUCCGCGUCAUGGGCUAUGUGCAGACGUACACGACGUCGGUUGCGCGCCUCUUUGCCUACCAUUCGCUGCCGGCCGAAGUCGACUUGGUCGCGGCGGCGGCGGCGCCGUGGCCCUCCCAUGGACGCAUCUGCUUUGACCAGUACAGCAUGCGCUACCAGCCUCAUCUACCGCUCGUGCUCUCCAACAUUAGCCUCGUCAUCCAGGGAGGCGAAAAGGUCGGUAUUUGUGGCCGGACGGGUUCGGGGAAAAGCUCGCUCCUCUCGGCACUGAUGCGACUCGUGCCGGGUGACGCAGGCUCCAUCACGAUCGACGGCGUCGACGUCACGACCGUGCCGCUCACGACGCUCCGAUCGCGCAUCACGGUGAUUCCGCAGAGUCCUGUUCUUUUUGCGGGCUCGCUCCGCACCAACUUGGAUCCAACGGGCGAAGCAACCAACGAGGCGCUGACCGCGGUUUUGGGCCAGAUCCAUUUGGGUCACCUCGGGCUCGACUUUGUCAUCGAGAACGGUGGCAACAACGUCUCGGUCGGGCAGCGCCAGCUCGUGUGCUUUGGGCGUGCGCUCCUGCGCCAGAGCCGCAUCGUGAUCCUAGACGAAGCAACCGCGUUUGUUGACGCCGAGAUGGAGGGCAUCCUCCAGGAGAUGCUCGCCAAGUGCUUUCGCCACACGACGAUGCUCACGAUCGCCCAUCGGCUCCAAACGAUCAUCGACAGCAGCGACAAGGUGCUCGUGCUCGACGCCGGCGCCGUGCUCGAAUUUGACGCGCCGACGACACUGCUCCGCGACGCCACCAGCGCGUUCUACCAGCUCGUCCAAGCCACGUCCUAGUUUACGUCAUCUAUUUGUUCAAAGUAACUCACCAACGACGCUCCGUACAAUGAAUUGUAGUAUCUAGUUUCAC